AUGAACGCCAUGCGCGCUAAUUGUAGUCGUUUCUAUCGCCAAUUCUCAACUUUUGGAGUAGUUUUUGACGUAGAUGGUGUACUAUUACGUGGAAAAACGCCGAUUCCAGGAGCGCGUGAAGUAUUAGAGGAGCUGGAGGCGACUAAAAUUCCGUUUGCUAUCAUGACCAACGGAGGAGGGUACCCCGAGUCGAAGAAAGCGCGGCAAAUUGAGUCAAUAUUAGGCGGAAAAGUGUCAAUUCCUGCCGAGCGCGUGUGCAUGAGCCACACACCCAUGCGCGAGUUAGCGUUAAAGCAUGGAGACGAGUUGGUGUUGGUAGUUGGAAAGGACUGUGACGAACUUCACACAGUUCUGGCGAACUACGGCUUUAAUCACGUUAUUACUGUUGACCAGCUACACUGUCAUUUUCCUAGUAUGUACCCAGACAUCAAGGUCCGGGAGCCAUUGGCUCACAAUGGACGCUUUGAUUCCCAGCCGUUUGCUGCUGUCUUCGUUCUCAUUGAUCCAAUUUAUUGGGGACGGGAGCUUCAAAUAAUUAUGGACAUUCUGUGCUCUCCCUCUGGACUUUUUGGUCUACGCGCCAUCGACGGAGACAGCAAUGGAGAACGUCAACACGUUCCUCUAUAUUCUGCAUGCUCUGACUUUCAGUAUGUAGGUGAAUUUCAUUUACCACGCUACGGCGCAGGCGCCUUUCACGCAAUGCUAGAGGAUCUGUUCACGCGCACAACCGGUCACAAGCUAGUUAAGACGCUGUAUGGAAAGCCUCAACGCUCUUCGUUUCAGUUUGCUGAAACGCUUAUUGACAGACAACAUCAAAAUGUGGCUCGUAUUUACAUGAUUGGAGAUAAUCCAUCGACAGACAUUUGUGGUGCAAACGACGCUGGCGGUAGGUGGAAAUCCGUAUUGACGCUCACGGGCAUGCACAGUGGCCCGGCAAAUCAUGAAAUACAUAAGGCGUAUCAAGUUGUAGAUGAUGUGGCUCAGGCGCUCAACUUUAUGAAAGAGGACUUUGCCAAGAUGCAGAUGAGUGAAUGA